GCCGUUCUAUUGGUCGGGGAUUUUCCCAUGAUGCUGUGCGCGUGUCCACGUCCCCUCUGACGAGCGUGUCCGGUGAUGGCUGCAGUCGAGCUGGCAGUUCUCGGCACAGCGAACCAAAACAAAGCGGAAUUCUCUCUCUCUGGAGGCCGGGACAGGGUGCUCACUGAGCCGCGGGGAUUUCUGCGGACUUCCUGUGGAUUAAUGCCUCUUAGUCCGGCACUCUGAGUGGAUGGUUUGAGAUAAAUACAGCGUUUUUGUAAGAGCCUCCGUUCUCCACAAGGCUGAUAAGAACGAGCUCUGAACACACGCGCGCGCGCACACACACUGAGGGUGGCUCGGAUUCCUCCUGUCCAUGUCAACCGUCACACAGAGGCAGUGAGAUAGAGAGAGAGAGAGAGAGUGUGUGUGUGUGUGUGAGAGUGUGCCAUGGCGUCCUGGUUGGGGGGUCUGGGUUCGGGCCUCGGUCAGUCCCUCGGUCAGGUCGGAGGAAGUUUAUCAUCUUUCACCGGACAAAUCUCCAAUUUCACUAAAGACAUUCUGCUGGAAGGCGCGGAGGAAGUCGGAGAUGCUGCCACUGAGCUGCACGUGUCCAACUCGAGACUGCUGGAGCUGGAGACGGCUCUGUCUGCACAGAAAUCCGAGUACGAGCGCUUGAGGAGAAUAAAUGCUGAGCUGGAGGAGAAGCUGGAGGCGGCGGAGAUCCAGGUCAAGCAGCAGUCAGUGGAGUACAGGACUAUACUGCAGCAGAAAGAGGUAGACAUCAGCCACCUAAAAGCCAGACAAAACAGUUUACAGGAAGAAGUCGAGAAGCUUCGACUCUCCGCCCAGGACGUCUCGUCUUCCGCUUCCGAUCUCGCCGUGCUUCCCGUGACGACCGUCGCCACCACCACAAGCUCCUCCUCCUUUCUGUCCCGUCCCUCGGCUGGCCAUCACGGUUUCCACGGCGACGAGGUGGACCUGAGUGACGUCCUGUGGUCACAGCAGGAAAUCAACCGGCUGUCUCAUGAGGUGCAGCGCCUGGAGGCGGACGUCACUCACUGGAGGAGGGUGGCUCAGGCAUCUAAAGUGUCAGGAGCAGAAAAGGGCGACCAUGGGGAAAUCCUGAAGCUGCAGAGAACCAUCAAAGAGCUGAGAGAGGAAAUGGGGCGCGAAGUUGACGAGCAUCAGCACGAGCUGGCAGCGCUGCAAGAUGCUCAUAGGCAAAAAUUGGCGGACAUGGCGAAGCGGCACAGGGACGAACUGGCAGAGUACGAAGAGAGGAUCGAAGAGCUGGAGGAGCAGAUUCAGAAUGGAACUGCUGCCUCAUUCUCUGCUCCAGCAGCAGCAUCACCAGAUUCGUCCAAACUCGAAGAGCUGGAUACAAUUCGUUUCCUGCAUGAGGAGGCGGAGCUUCAGAAAGCAAAGUGCAGCGAGCUAGCGGCGAGUCUCGACGAGGCCCGGCGACAAGGGGCGGAGCUUCAGCGAGAGAAGGAUGAGGCGAUGGCGGAAAACGCAGAACUUCUGCAGAACUACACUCGACUCCAGAGUUCUGUUAGUGAGCUUCAGGCCAGGGUUCAGGAGCAGGAGAGUAAAGCCAUGGUCAAAGCACAGCACGACGCCGAGAUACAUGGCCUGCGGAAAGCGAUAGCAGAUGCUGAAAAAGAGAUAUCCAGGUUGAAAUCUCUCACUGAAAUAAAUCAGAGUGCUGAGGUUGAACAUGCGGAUAUCCUGGAGCUUAACACAAUCAUCAGUGCGCUCAGGACAGAGAAGGAGGAAUUAGAGAAAGAGAGGUUAGCUUUAGUGGAGAAACUCCGGCUAGCUGAGAACCAGUUCACGUCGAGUGAGGCUGAAAGCACAGAGGAACUGCACCUUGAAAUUACAGACUUAAAGAACCAGUUGGAGCAGAGAGAGGUUGCUUUAAAGCAAGCAAAUGUCAGCAUGGACACACUAACAGCAGAACUAGAGGAACUCGACCGGCAGAACCAGGAGGCCACACAGCAUCUCAUCACUAUGAAAGACCAACUCGCUGCACAGAAGUCUCAGGCUGAAGCUGAAGGUACUCGUCUAAAAUCAGAGCUUACAAUGUUGCUCAGUCAAAAAGAGGCACUUCAUCUGGAGAUGGAGUCUCAGAAGGAGAAGCUCAGCCAAAGUGCCUUCACCCUCAAUGAUCUACAUAUGGGCAAACAGCAGCUGGAGGCCACAAUAAGAGAGCUAAGGGACAAAUUAAAAAAGUCCCAGGAGCUCGGCAAAGAAACACGCAUAGAGGUCUCUGACCUGAAGAAGCUGCUGCAGGAAAAAGAAACUCAGCUGGAAGGUCUCCGUGAUAAGCUGAGUCAAGUAGGGGAGCAGGGGAAUGAGGUACAGGGUCAAAUAAAGGUCCUGGAAGAGAAGGAGAAAGAAAUCGUCGAUUUAACACGGGAGCUCACGGAAUUGAAGGUCUUGUAUGAGAAAGUGUCUUCUGAAGACUUUGAAUUAAAGAUGGAGAAAAGGAAGUUGAAAGAAGACAGCGCUCAGGCUCUUGAGAAAGUAGAGAUGUUGGCUCAGCAGUUACAGGAUAGCCAGGACUCUCUAAGCAGAGUAGUCUUGGAGAAAGACACUCGCAUCGAGGCCUUGAAGCUCGAGAAGAACCAGCUACAAGCUGAACUGAGUCAAGCAGAGAACCGGAUUUUGGAUCAGACCAAGCAGUACCAGCAGACCAUUGAGGAGCUCACUAGAGCACGAUCAUUGGAUGCCUCUGCGUUGCAGAUGGAACACGAACGUACUGUGAAGCUAAACCAGGAAAAGGACCUGACGAUCGCCGAGCUAAAGCGCGAGAGGGAGCAGCUGGUGGCUGACCACAAAGACACCAGUGAGAUGUUGGACAUCACUGUAGCUGGACAGAAGCAGCUCACUGAGCUUUUACAGGAGAAGGAUGCUUUUGCAGCAUCAUUAAAAGCUCAAGCUGAUGAGGCACAGAAGGAUUUGAAGGCCAGAAUUUUGCAGAUCAGGCAAGAAAGUGACGCACUUAGAAAAGUGGUAGAGGAGAAGGACAAGCAGCUAGGGGCCAUGAAAGAGAAGAACAGUCACCUGAAGGAGGAAAUCGAACGUCUGAAGGAUCAACAGAGUCGACCGCAACUGAUGUCAGAACCAAGGACGCUGGACGUAAUCACUGAACUGGAAACUGAAGUUGCACAGCUCAAAGCUGCUAGGGACAGAUAUGAGGAAGAAGCAAAGACUUUAAGGGCAACGUCAGAGCAACAGCGGGAAUCACUUAUCCAAUUGCAGCAUACACUUCAGGUGCAUCAAAGUGAACUGGAGCAGGCUCGGUCGAGACACGAGCAAAGCACCCUGAACUAUGAAAAACUGAUUGGUGCCAAGGAUGAGGAAAUGACGAGGCUGCAGGGAGAAAUGGAAAGACUACAAAAUGAACAAAGUCAAACGCAGACUCUGGAAAUUCUUCAAGAGGACAAGUCUCGUUCUCUCAGUGGCGAGAAUGGCAAUGAGAAGCAUGACCUGUCAAAGGUGGAGAUUGAAAAACUUGUGAAGGGCAUCAAGGAGAAAGAGACUGAGAUUAUUCAGCUAAACGAGAAGAACCUCUCUUUGACCAAACAGCUUGAUCAGCUUGUGGUUUCUCGUGAUGAACUUGGCAAACUUUCUCAAAUAGUGCUUCAGAAGGAUCUAGAAAUCCAAGCGCUUCACGCUCGUGUUUCAGGUGGAUAUAGUCAGGACGUGCUGUUGCUCCAGCAACAGCUGCAGGCUUAUGCAGUCGAACGAGAACAGGUGCUCGCUGUACUGAAUGAAAAGGCACGUGAGAAUAGCCAUCUGCGUUCAGAAUAUCAUCGCAUCAUGGAAAUUAUUGCAGCCAAGGAAUCAGCCUUGCUUAAGCUUCAACAGGAAAACCAGAGGCUGUCCACCAUGAGUGAUCCUUCAGGAAGUCAGGAGAUGUUCCGGGAGACCAUUCAGAACUUGUCCCGUAUCAUCCGUGAGAAGGACAUUGAAAUUGAUGCCCUUACACAGAAAUGCCAAACGUUGGUCACUGUUCUUCAGGCAUCUGGUGGUGACUCUGGAAGUGGUGGUUCAGGUGGAGUAAGCAGCAAUCAGUUUGAGGAACUCCUGCAUGAGAGAGACAACCUCAAGCAACAGGUCAAAAAAAUGGACGAGUGGAAGCAACAGGUGAUCACGACUGUCAAGAACAUGCAGCAUGAAUCUGCCCAGCUUCAGGAGGAGCUUCUUAAGCUGCAAGGACAGGUGUCUGCUGACAGCGACUGCAGCUCCAAACUUUCAGUCGACUACUCUAGACUCAUCCAAAGCUAUGAGCAGAAGGAGAAAAGGCUGGGCAGUUUGAGUCAGGAACUUGCUCAGGUACAGCAGACCAUCAGCCAGCUUAGUACCACCAAAGAUGUCCUGCUCGUAAAGCUUGACAGCGUUGCUCAGGUCCCAGAUAUUUCCACCCAAUCUGUCCAAGCUGUAGCACAUCAGGUCACACAGGACGCACCACCAAAACUACCAGUCGUUCAAGACGAGAGUUCACAGCAAGACCUGGAAUCGUUAAAAAAGUUGUUAGCCGAGAAGGAGAGUAUGUUGAGAACGCUUCAGGAGAACAACCACCGUUUGUCAAAUUCAGCUUCUUUGUCAGAAAGUGAGCACAGGGGCCACGCUGAGGAACUCAGGCAAGCUCGGGAGAGGAUUGAGACCCUGCAGCGUUCCCUCAGAGAAAAGGAUCUUCUUAUCAAGACCAAAGGAGACCAACUGAACCAAGUGAGUGAAACGUUGCGCAACCGUGAAAACGAUAACGAGGUCCUGAAGCAAGCCGUGACAAACUUGAAGGAGCGCGCGCUGAUCUUUGAGCUGGACGUCAAGAAGCUGAAGGAGGAAAACGAAGCCGUGACGGUAAAAUCACGAGAGAAAGAGACCGAGUUUCGAGCUCUGCAGGAAACCAACAUGCAGGUGUCGCUGAUGCUGCGGGAGCGAGAGUUCGAGUGUAGCAGCAUCACAGAGAAGGCUGCGGCCAUGGAGAAGCUGCUCAAAGACAAAGAGCAGGGUAAAACCGGCGAGCUGAAUCAGCUGCUGAAUGAAGUGAGGUCCAUGCAGGAGAAGGCGCUGACGUUCCAGCAGGAGCGAGACCAGGUCAUGCUGGCUCUUAAACAGAAGCAGAUGGAGACUUCUGCCCUGCAGAGUGAGCUGCAGCACACUCGCGAUAAAGAGCAGAGACUGAAGCUGGAGCUGGAGCGUCUCCGCAAUCACCUGCUGGAGAUCGAGGACUCUUACACUCGGGAAGCGCUCGGAGCAGAGGACCGGGAGACCGAACUCAGACGCAGGGUAGCGAUGCUCGAGGAGAAGCUGGUGUCGUCCUCCAGUGCCGUGGAGAGCGCCAGUCAGCAGGCCAGUCUGCAGGUGGAGUCUCUUCAGGAGCAGCUGAACGUCUUGGCCAGGCAAAGGGACGAGGCUUUGCUUCAGCUCCAUGCUGCUCAGGAACAAGUAAACCAGUAUGCAGUGUCUCUGUCCAACCUGCAGAUGGUGUUAGAGCAGUUCCAGCAAGAGGAGAAAGCCAUGUACUCAGCAGAACUGGAGAAACACAAGAAAGAGAAGGAGGAGUGGAGGAGGAAAGCAGAAACGCUGGAGGACAAAGCGUCUGCCUUACAGCUGAAUCUAGAUGAGGCGAACACCGCGCUAGAGUCAGCAUCCCGCCUCACUGACCAGCUCGACCUGAAGGAGGAGCAGAUCGAGGAGCUGAAGAAACAGGUGGAAGUGAGGCAGGAGAUGCUAGAUGACGCCCAGGCCAAAAUGACUGAUCUUCUUAACAGCACUGAAGGCAAAGUGGACAAAGUGUUAAUGAGAAAUCUGUUUCUUGGAUAUUUCCACACGCCGAGAAACAAACGCGCAGAAGUGCUAAGGCUCAUGGGUAAUGUGGUUGGAUUGGAACGGGACGAUGUGGACAAGAUGUUGGAGGAGGAGGGGAGGAAGGGAAUGACAGGUUGGGUAUCAGGGUGGUUAGGAGGCAGCAGAGCAGUCCAGAGUGUUCCAACCACACCCCAAAGACCCACACAUGCCCAAAACCUCAAUGGGUCUUUCUCCGAGCUCUUUGUGAAGUUCUUGGAAGUAGAGUCAACUCCAGCUGCUCCUGCGCCCAAACUCCCUGUUUACGACAUUAAGCCUCUGAGUGCGCCCCCUGUCGGCAGGAACACUACCGGUUCAACUGCAGCAGGCUCAUCAGGUAGCGGGAAGCGCAGCACGGACUCAAACUUGUUCCUGGCUCCUCGCUCUGCUGCUGUGCCGUUACUAACAACAGGUGGAGGCGGAGCCUCAGGUGGACACCUUCUCAUGAAGCCCAUCUCAGACGCUCUCCCUACGUUCACGCCCAUGCCAGUGACAGCUGACGCCAGCGCAGGGGCGGUACUUAAAGACCUGCUCAAACAGUGAUCGGCCUGACAAUGCUAUUUAUCGAAGCACUUUAGGAGACAUCUCGAGACGGAGCACUAGAGCUGUGCAAGGAAAAAACAGAAGUAUGGACAGACGUAAAAUUUCAGGUCAGCCUGCAGUGGUGAAACGCUUAUUCAAGGUGUUUCCUGAAGCAUUUGCAGUUUUAUUCUAUCCGUCUGCACUCAGUAAUCACAAGUGUCACUUGGGGAUUUGUAGUGAACCGCAGUGCUUCUGCUUUUGCUUUUUAAUGUGGAGAUAAUCAUGGGCCUGAUGAAAGAUGUCCUGUUGGCUUAGAUGUGCCUGCAGGAUUUAUUAAGAUCUUUUCCCCGUCUGUGAAAUCCAUAUGAAUAGCGCUUUUUUUUUUUUCUUUCUUACUUUUUUUUCCUAACACUAAAUGCUUGUUUUUUUUCUCCCCUUCGUCUCGGUUACAAUAAUGACUCUAACUGCCGAUUGUGGUUCAACAACUGGAUACUCUGAUAUUAGGACACUUCUGCUAUGUAGAUUUGUAGUUUUAUAAAUAUGUACUUAAAGUGUAAAUCUAAAGCAGUGCUGGAAAAGUUCACAAAUCACAGAGUCAAAAAUAUCAAUGUGUACAUACCAGUUUCUUAAUAUGAGAAAAGGCUCUUGUGUAAAUUUAGCUGUAUAUCAUUAAUGGGCAGUAGUAAAACAUUUUGGAAAGGUGUGUAUUUUGAUCACAAAAGGAAAGGACUGCCUGUUGUUUUGCCCCAUUAAAAACAAUCCUAUUUAAUUGAACAUCUGGCUCAGCAGUACUUAUGUGGUUUAUUAAUGUAUUGAAGUUUAUUUGGGAGAGUGUUGUUAUUAAUUUAAAGGAUGAUCAGGUUUAUUGUUUUCUUUUUUUGGGUAAAGUUUGGGCUUCAAAUCAUACUUACAAUGUUUGUAAUAUAAUGCAGAAAUAAAGAUAUCUGCACAUGCAAA